CACGUUCCACGCUUUGUCACCUGACCCAAGUGCACAGUGACGUGUGUUCCAACUGAGCAUGUAACCAGGAAGUGGCUGCUGAAAUUUCAACAUGUUAGCAGAAGAUACCAAUGAUGAAGAUGUGUCUCUGUUCGACGCGGAGGAGGACGCAGGGAAAAGGUCAAAGAAGACGAGUAUCAAGCAUCCGUUGGCAUCCUUCUUCCACCUCUUCUUCAGAGUUAGCGCCAUCCUCGUCUACCUGCUCUGCGAGAUUUUUAGUAGAAGUUUCAUCGCCUGCAUGGUCACAAUAAUCCUCCUGCUCUCAUGUGACUUCUGGACAGUAAAGAACAUCAGUGGCAGGUUGAUGGUCGGUCUAAGGUGGUGGAACCAGGUGGAUGAUGAUGGACGAAGCCACUGGGUGUUUGAGGCGAGGAAGGGUACUGGGAAGCAACAAGCGUCAGAUUCUGAGUCUCGAAUCUUCUGGCUCGGUCUGAUUGUUUGUCCAGUCAUCUGGGUCAUCUUCGCCUUCAGCACCCUCUUCUCCUUCAAGAUUAAAUGGAUGCCUGUAGUGAUCAUGGGUCUGGUGUUGCAAGGGGCCAACCUCUACGGCUACGUGCGGUGUAAAGUGGGAGGCAAGACCAGCUUAAAGAAUAUGGCUACGAAUUAUUUUGGACGUCAGUUUCUCAAACAGGCGCUGUCUAAAGAGGAGGAAUCGUAGAGUGCAGUUCUUCGAUUUCAACAUGUUUUACAUCAUUCUUAACGCUAUAAUAUAUAUUCCUUUAGCAGGCGGAUACAGAAACUAGGGCUGAACAAUUUUGAAAAAAUAUCUAAUUGCGAUAUUAGAAGGAAUGAUCAUUUGUACAUUUUUCUCAUUUAAAUUGAAAAACACUAAAAUGAUUAUGGUGUGAUUUUUUGCAGGGAUCUGUACCAAUCAAAGAUGUUUUCUUAAAUCUAUAGAACAUAAUGUGUAGGCCUGGACUUCUCUGCAACACGACAAUAUUUAGUUUUAAAUGGUAUUUUGACACGUUUCACCUUUAACAACUAUUGCGCCUCCUGCGAUUUGAAAAUUGCAGUAUUCCGUAUUGCGAUUUCGAUAACAUUUCGAUGAAUUGUUCAGCCCUAACAGAAACCUUUUUUUUUUUUAAUAUCAUGAAUGGAAUACACGUUUUUGAAUUUUCUUCUUUUGUUUAGUUUUUGCCUUCUCUCCUCUGACUCUGCAUGAGCUCAGAGGGUUUAUAAUGGCUACAGACUGGUGGCCCUUGUACUCUAUUCUCUAAUUAAACCCUCUAAAGACUUUUAACUAAUGUCACCUGCCUGCUCAGCGUAAAUGCAUGACUGAGAGGGUGCAAGGGCUCGAGAUGUUCAACUACGUAGUUUUUUGAUGUGUCAUACAGUCUCAGAGAACCCUCGGAUAUCUUAGUUUAUUUACGUCGCCUCCUAACUUUAAUCUUUAUAAUAUUAAAAAUGAUGUUUGUGAGAGGUAUUGUGCAAACAUUUUUGUUUGUAUAAUAUAGAAGGUUGUAAAGUAACAGUGUAAAGUAUUCCAGGAGAUUUGUAAAUAUGUAUGUAAAGAAACAGUAUGUGGAACAUCUUCUUUUGUGCAAAUACAUUUGUAACAUUUUUCCGAA